CGUGGCCCCAGGGUUCCGCCCCUCGCCUCGGCCCAGCCUCGGGGUCCGGGCAGAGGGUUCCAGUGUCCGCGGGCCCGGGUCUGCGUGCCGCUCUACCGUGCAGGCUGCGCGGAGCCGGGAUGCGCUGCGCCUGCUGCGGGUCCUCAUCAUGGAGACCAAACGCCUGGAGAUUCCCGGCAGCGUCCUGGACGAUCUCUGCAGCCGAUUUAUUUUGCAUAUUCCUAGCGAGGAACGAGAUAAUGCAAUCCGAGUUUGCUUCCAGAUUGAACUCGCCCAUUGGUUUUACUUGGAUUUCUACAUGCAGAACACACCAGGAUUACCUCAGUGUGGGAUAAGAGACUUUGCCAAAGCUGUCUUCAGUCAUUGUCCCUUUCUGCUGCCACAAGGUGAAGAUGUGGAAAAGAUUUUGGAUGAAUGGAAGGAAUAUAAAAUGGGAGUGCCAACCUAUGGUGCGAUCAUCCUUGAUGAGACGCUCGAGAAUGUACUGCUGGUUCAGGGAUACCUGGCAAAAUCAGGCUGGGGGUUUCCAAAAGGAAAAGUGAAUAAAGAGGAAGCACCCCACGACUGCGCUGCCAGAGAGGUCUUUGAGGAAACUGGUUUUGAUAUAAAAGACUAUAUUUGUAAGGAUGAUUACAUCGAACUUCGAAUCAAUGACCAGCUUGCUCGCUUGUACAUCAUUCCAGGAGUUCCAAAAGACACAAAAUUUAACCCCAAAACCAGAAGAGAGAUUAGGAACAUUGAGUGGUUCCCCAUUGAGAAAUUGCCCUGCCACAGGAACGAUAUGACCCCCAAGUCCAAGCUUGGCUUGGCACCUAAUAAGUUCUUUAUGGCCAUUCCCUUUAUCAGACCUCUACGGGACUGGCUGUCUCGAAGAUUUGGAGAUUCCUCGGACAGUGACAAUGGCUUUUCUUCAGUUGGCAGCACACCGUCCAAACCCACUGUGGAAAAAUUGAGUCGAACAAAAUUCCGCCACAGCCAGCAGCUAUUUCCUGAAGGUUCUCCUAGUGACCAGUGGGUAAAGCACAGGCAGCCCCUGCAGCAGAAGCCACAUAGUAACCACACAGAAGUGUCGUCGGACCCUUUCAAAACAAAGAAUCAAAGUAUGAGAGGGAAUGGCAGAAAACAGUAUCAAGAUUCACCUAAUCAGAAGAAGAGAACAAAUGGAGUUCAUAGUCAGCCAGCGAAACAGCAGAAUCCCGUGAUGAAAUGUGAAAAGAGGCUGCAUCCACGAAAACUUCAGGACAACUUUGAAACAGAUGGCGCAUUUGAGUUGCCUUGUUCUGGUGAAGACCCCUCGGUAGAGCCUGUUGAGGGACACUCUGUGGCGUGUAAUGGACAUUGCAAGUUCCCAUUUUCAUCUAGAACCUUUCUGAGUUUCAAGUUUGACCAAAACGCUAUAAUGAAAACCUUGGACCUUUGAUAGCAGCAAGUAUAUUGCAGAAGCCCAUGGUCAGAGACCUGUUAUGUUUGCGUGUCUCCUCAAGCCUUACCUUUCUCAGGUAUCUGAAAGAAAUGCAGGGAGGCAGUUUCUAAAGAGAUUUUCUGCACAGAAGAGAAACUAUAAAAAAACACCAGUUUGCACUGUAAAUGAAGUUAGGACUUUUUACAUGGAUUUACCGUUUCAGUGUUUGCAACCAAGUUUUAGUGGCCUUUGCUUUUUGUCUUUUCCUUUUGAGGGCAUUUAUUUUGUAUUCUGAUCAAGAAAAGAGUUGUUUUGAUUGACUCAUCAACUAGUAUGUUAAUAGGAGUAUUUCAUCUCUCCAUCUUAGUGAUUGCGUUGAGUUUUCUUCUUGAAACUUUUAAAAGAAACUUAAAUCCCCAGUUAUUAAUGAACAGUAAGAGCUGAAUCGUGACAUCAGGAUUGCAGGCAUUUUGCUCAUUUCUCUGCUUCUGAGAAUCUAAUCCUUCUAUUUGGAAUUUGUCAGUUUAUUUAGAACCAGCAUCUUCAAAACAAUACUAUUUUGCACAGUGAAUUCUUGAGCACUUCAUCAGGACAAAGUCCACAGCCUGAAGAGAGAUUGAGGCCGUGAGAGUUGAUGCUGUAAUUCUGAGCUCCGAUGUAUGCUGUCAGAAAACCUACGCCCGCUGGAGCAGAGAGCAUGGAAGCCAGUCGCUGGCAGCUACUUUGGGUCAUGCCUUGACCAUCAUGCCUCCAGCCGUUCAGUAUUGUGCAGUGAUUCCGCUCAUGUGAAGUAUCUAUCCAUACUCUAGUGUGACUGUGUGUGGAAAACUACAUCUUAGUUUUAUCUUGCAUCUCAGUGUUGAGCUGUGAAAACUGAUGUUAUAUUAGGUUCCAGUUUGCUGUAAUAGCAGAGCGACAUGGUUUUUUAUUAAUAUCCUGAAGCCCCUGUGUUAUAAAGUGAGAAAAGAAGGGGUUAUGCAAUUUACUCAGUACAAAUAAAUAAAGCAUGUUGCUAGGGGACCCUUUAAAUAAUGUACUUAGCUCACACCUAGGAAUGUAUUUUAUAUUUUGCUCCUUCAGGAUUCUUAAAUCCAAACGAGGAUGACAAUGCCCAUUUUACAAAGGGUCGCCUGUAACUGAGGACAAUCACAGAGCUUUAAGGAGGCAAUAGCAUUUUGGCUGCAUCUGACCUCGCUAAGAAUAUUUCCUGAGGGUGGGGGUGGGGUGUUUGAGUGCAUGUGUGCUCAUGCAUCUGUCUUGUGGAUUUUUUAAAGUUGUUUUUUUACAAGUGGUAUCCACAAAGUAUAUCUCUGCUUAUAAAUAUUACUAUAGAAAUCUUUAUUCUGUAUAUGUAGCCUAUUUAAUAGGGGUUUUUAGCCCCUCAGAACUUUGAAAGGAAGGGCUAUUAAUGUAAGAAAUUCACUUGGUAUUACUACAUUGCUUUAGUUUUUAAAUGGCUGGUUUUAAAGAAGAAAUUCUGUUUAUUAAUGAAAGUGUCACUCUCUCGGUGCUAAGCAGGAGAUUUCACAAUGAUACAGUGUGUCUAGAAUCUUUUAUGCUACUACUUUGUGACUCCUUCUGUGACCUUUGCUGUUUAAUGCAUUAUAUGAUUGUGUUUGGAA